AUGGAUAACAAGACUACCUUUGACUACUCCGACAUAGUUCUUCUACAAUCAAUCCGGAGCUACCUUCUUGAUGACGAAUCCGAUGCUCUCAUUGCCACUCCGGCCACAUUCGCCAGCGACGCUCCGGUUUGCCGCCUGAUUUUUAGCUCCGGGAUGACGGAGAACAGCGACGGUGAGAUUAGCUCUCCAUCUUUCUCGUCCGAACAAGCAAACACUGCCACUGUGGCGGAGGUUUGCAAUGCGGAUGCAGCGGAGCGUGGAGUUCACGCGCCGCCGAGUGGGAGGGGCUACAGAGGAGUGAGGCGGAGGCCGUGGGGGAAGUACGCUGCGGAGAUUAGAGAUCCGAAGAAGAGCGGCGCCAGAGUGUGGCUUGGGACUUAUGAGACGGCUGAGGACGCGGCUUUGGCUUAUGAUCAAGCCGCGUUCAAGAUGCGCGGCUCCAAAGCCAAGCUGAAUUUUCCUCAUCUUAUUGGCUCUAACAUGUCGGAGCCACCGAGAGUGACCGGAAAGCGGCGGUGCCCGGAGCCUUGGAAGGAGGACGCAUGGACGGAGGUUAACAGGGGAAAGAGCCUAGUGAACUUGUCCAUGCGGCAUACACGUGAGCCAAGCAUUGGAAGCCAAGAUGUGGAGUUGUAG